AUGGGUAUAGGAAGGGAUGGAAAGGGGGGAGAAAGCAAGGAAAGAAAAGAGGGAAAGGAAGAGAGAAAAAGAGAGAAGAAGGAGGCAAGAAAAGAAAGGGGGAAGAAGGAAGGAAGAAAAAGGGAGGAGAAGGAAGGAAGGAAGGAAGGAGGGAGAGAGAAUAGAAGGAAGGGAGAGAGGGAAGAGGAAGAGAAGGAGAAAAUGAGGAAAGGAGAAAGGAUGAAAGGAAGAAAGGGAGAAAAGAGAAAAUGUGGAAAGAAGGAAGAGAGGGAAGAGGUAGAGAGAGAGGAAGCAAGGGAAGAAGGGAGAAAGUAA